AUGAGUGGUAAUACUAUGUUGAAUUAUGUGCAAAGUGAGAUUGAUGUGGAAAGUAGUGUAUUUAACGAAAGCAAUGAAAGGGAGAUUACAGUGAUCAUGGAGGAUAUUUCACAGAUGGGUAGUACGGAAGAUAUGAAUGACAUGUUCUUAGGGAGACCAUCAAAAAAGCGAAAGGCAAAUAGAUAUAAUGAAUGUACAGAGGAUAAUGUACUUACGAGAAUUACGGAGGAUAAAAUUGAAUGCAAGAGAUUUAACGAGAAUGGUUUUAAAUGCCAAAAAACUUUAGAAAUUAGUCAAUCAUAUGGGGUCAUAAAAGAUAUUGGUCUAGAAUUGAGCGAAGAAGAGAUAUUACUGGGACUUAAAAGUGAAACUUUAAUUUUAGCAGUAAAAAGACUAAAGCGAAAGAACACUUAUGACGGUCAUUGGGAACAUAGCGAGUCUAUAAGAAUAUGUUUUAAGGGAUCGUCAUUACCGUCAUUUGUUUACAUCUAUGACACUAGGGUAAAAGUGAGUCCUUACACAUACCCAAUGACGCAAUGCUCCCGUUGCUGGCGAUUUGGUCACUCGAUUAGAAUGUGCCCUUCUCUAAAAGUAAUUUGUCCUAAAUGUACAAAAAGUCAUCCUAACUGUGAAACGACAACUUUCAAAUGUAAUAACUGUAUGGGAAAACACAUGGCAAUGGCUAAAAUUUGCCCUGUUUUCUUGAAAGAGAAACGAAUUAGAGAACUCAUGGCGGAAUUUAAUUGUUCCUACAAAAAAGCCCUUAUGCUGUAUGUCCCGCCGUCACGCGGGACAUACAGCAAGGCUCGACCACCGAUUACGAAAAAUGACCCACCUCUACUUACACAACCUACAUCUGAAAAUGAAUCAUCACAACAAGAUAAGCAGAUUCCCGGGCCUAGUGAUGUGUAUACCUACGCUAGUGUUACGAAAACACUCCCGGAAGAAACGAGAAAAAGCUCUAAGUCAGAGAAACGACGGAAUAGAAGAAGGGCCCUCAAAGAACAGGAAAAAAAAUAUGCCUGA